CCCAGAUCCGCCGGACGUCAUGCAGCUCGCCAUCUCCAUCGCUGUGGUUCUAGUGGCUUUGUCUGUCGUGACAGAGUCCGCAGAGGUUUCCGUGACAGAGCCCACCUUGUCCAAAAAGUUCGAGAGGUUCCAAGAAGAUGUCAAGACGUUCUUCGACAAUUUCGGAGAGAAAGCCAAAGGAGCUCUCAACGACCUGCACAACAGCAAAAUCAGCAACAAGACCAGGAACUGGUUUUCGGAGAAUUUCCAGAAGCUGAGGGAGAAAUUCCGGACCACCUUCAACCCUAGGGAAACUGAUUAGAGGCGCUCUUCUGAACUGACAGGGAAGGUGUAUUUCCCCCCUCUUCCAUCUCCCCCCAGGCGUGUCUCUGACUGGAAAGAAAUUGCCACAACGACCACCCUGCAGAGUCUGUGGGGGCCCCUGUAGUCUGCCCGCCUCUCUCGACUGCCGCUUUGUUUUCUACUUUUGUUAUGUUUUUAUUGCCUGCAUUUAUCAGAUGCCAAUAAAGCCUUCCUGGUGAAAAGAAA